UUGAAAGCAAGGAAGUUCAAUAUUGAAAAUGCAAAGCGCAUGUGGGCUGACAUGAUUCAGUGGAGGAAGGACUUUGGUGUGGAUACGAUCACGGAGGACUUUGACUUCACAGAAUUGAACGACGUUCAGGAAUACUAUCCACAGGGAUAUCAUAGCGUUGACAAGGAUGGAAGACCAGUUUACAUUGAAAGAUUGGGGAAGAUGGACGUUGACAAGUUGGUGCAAGUGACUACUUUCGACCGAUUUGUGAAAUACCAAGUCCAGGAAUUCGAGAAGACUCUUGCUGUCAGGUUUCCUGCUUGUUCUCUUGCUGCAAAUAGGCAUAUAGAUUCAAGCACAACAAUCUUAGAUGUCCAAGGAUUGGGUUUAAUGAGUUUGACUGGACCUGUUGUAGAAUUCAUUAAGGUUAUUCAAAAGAUUGAUAAUGACAAUUAUCCUGAAACACUUAGCCGAAUGUUUAUCAUCAAUGCUGGUCCUGCCUUUCAGUUGAUCUGGACUAUAGUGAAGCCUUUACUCGACCCAGAUACAACUUCCAAGAUUCAGGUGCUUGGCAAUAAUUAUCAAAGCAAAUUACUGGAAGCUAUUGAUGAGAGUGAGCUACCAGGUUUUCUAGGUGGUAGCUGUAUGUGUUCAAACGAAGGAGGUUGUUUGACGUCAGACAAGGGGCCGUGGAAAGACCAAAAUUUAUUGAAGGCAAGUUUAAAUGGAGAAGUACGUGCAGUGCAGAAAGUAACAAGAUUAGAUAACGAAGACUAUUAGUGUGAAGGAUUUUUUGUUUUGUUGAAUCACCAUACUGUUAAUGAGAAGCUGUGACAAGAAUGAUUCAGCAUUGGGGUAUUUUGCUUAAAAUCACAUGAAGCAGAUUUUUUCAUAUCAGUUAUCCAGGUUCGGUGGACAUGCACAUUUUAUUGGAAAUUCGAUUUGUUUCAUUUUACUUUGAAAUCUUGUUCUCAUAUGGAUGUUACCGACACAAUUUGCUUUAGAACUUAGAUGUAUACAGAGAAUUUCUCUCUGUUUUAUAUCAUUUGUUGAUUGCCUGAGUAACACCCUUAAAGAAGGAGAUUUGUUAGUAGUAAUAACAUCUAAAGCUGUUUGUAUGCUCUAUUAGAUAGGAUCGUUCAAGACAAUCAAACUAUACCUUACACAUGUGUUCCCUAAUCUUGUUAUUCGG